AUGCCGCCCUUCGUGUUGCAGGGAACUCUUGUAUCGCCGAUUCUGAGUUGGCGGGUGUGUUUAUUUCAAGAGGAUGUUUAUCGGAAAGAGAGUCAGUUUUGUUGUUCUCCAUCGGCAGCACACUUUGUGGACGUACAGAGCCUGAAGAACAAGACUGGCAGACUGGCAGAGAACAGGGACAUGCGUUCCAAAGAGCCAAACAUUGUCGCCAAGAUCAAAAAUCCUUGUUCACUUAAUAAUACUAUUUUACNGGCGGUUCCCGACUGCGUCCAUCUGGAAGGCCUGCCCUGCAAGUGGUUCGCCCCCAAAGGUUCGGAGAGCGAGACCCCCAGCGAGGAGGUCUUGAGGACGGUCUUUGGCGCUUUCGGGACGAUCAGGAAUGUGGACAUCCCCAUGCUGGACCCCUACAGGGAAGAAACGGUGGGGAGGAGCAGGAACCACUUCGUUUUCCGCGGGAUGAGGUCCUUCGAGGCCUUUGUCCAGUAUCAAGAGUCCGAAUCGUUCUCCCGAGCCAUGGAGACCCUGAAGGGCAUGAAGCUGAUGUUCAAGGCCGACGACGGCAAAGCUCUCGCCUGUAACAUUAAGAAAAAGACGGGACGAGGAGGACAAGAAAGGCGGAGAAGGAAGGAGGCGGUCUAAGAUCAAGAGGCGGGAAAAAAGGCGGAUCGACCGCGAGGAGAAACGCCCCAGGAAGCAUCUGAAAGCAACAGCUCCAGAAGGACUCAACUCCCAAGACCCGCCCGAGUGGGAGGAAAGAAAAUAUCUCUUGGCUCAGAGAAGGGUGGAAUCCAUCCGACUCCUCACCGUGCUGCUAAGCCAAAUACAA